AUGGCGCUCCCUCCCAAAGUGUAUCAGUUCCUCGUGGGUCUUUUUGCAUCCCUUGGUUCCUUGUUGUACGGAUACGAUCUCGGUGUCAUUGCCCAGGUCAUUUCUUCAAAAGCUUUCAACAAAGAGUUCAACUAUCCUAAUUCAAAUGAAACUGGAGCAGUCGUGUCGGUGUUUACGGGCGGCGCCUUCUUUGGAGCUGCCUUUGCUGGUCCCACCGGUGACUACCUCGGUCGACGAUUGACCAUCAUGAUUGGAUCUAUUGUGUUUUGUCUCGGUGGCGCGCUGCAGACUGGCGCUCAAAAUCUCGGUUACUUGUAUGCCGGCCGCAUUCUGGCCGGUGUCGGUAUCGGUUCCCUGGUCAUGAUUGUGCCAAUGUAUCAAUCUGAAAUGGUUCACCCCAGCAUUCGUGGACGAGUCACCGCUCUCGUGCAGUUCAUGUUGGGAAUCGGUGCCCUUGCAGCCGCCUGGAUCAGUUAUGGUGUCGACAUCGGUUUCGCAAAUGACAACAACGGCCAAUGGCAAACCUCGCUUGGUAUCCAGGUCAUUCCCGCUGUCUUCUUGGGGGCGCUCAUCAUGGUCUUCCCUGAAUCGCCUAGAUGGCUUAUCAGCAAGGGCAAAGUUGAGCAGGGUCUCCAUAAUCUGGCUCAACUGCACUCCAACGGCGAUGAGACCGAUGCCUGGGUCCAAGCCGAGUUUUCGCAGAUCCAGGAAUCGCUGACCUAUGAGCGCGAAAAUGCUGCUCAGUCUUACAUGGAGCUUUUCCGGGACAAGUCAUGCUUCCGCCGUCUUUUCCUUGCAUGCGCUCUCCAGGCUUCAGUCCAGAUGACUGGUGUUUCAGCUAUCCAGUACUAUUCCGUUACCAUCUACAACCAGAUGGGUAUCAGCAGCACAGACGCACUCAAGUACCAGGCCAUUUCUUCAGUUCUUGCACUUUGCGGACAGGCGCUUUGCAUUGCCUUUAUUGAUCGAUUCGGGCGUCGCUGGCCUUUGAUCAUGGGAAACCUUGGCAACUGCGUUACCUUUAUCAUCGCCACCAUCAUGUUGGCUCUCUACCCCCCUGGCACGACUGGAAAUGCGGGCGCCUCAUGGGGCUUCAUCGCUGUCACUUGGGCAUACAAUUUUUGCUUCAGCUCCACCUGCGGACCGCUGUCUUGGAUCAUCCCCGCUGAAAUUUUCGACACAAAGACCCGCUCUAAGGGUGUUUCCAUCGCCACGAUGACUUCUUUCGCGUUCAACACCAUGAUUGGACAGGUCACCAAGCCCGGUAUGGAUACAGCUGGAUGGAGAUUCUACCUGCUGUUUGUCAUCUGCAAUCUUACAAACGCCAUCUUCUUUUACUGCUUCCUGCCCGAGACUGCAAAGCGCCCGCUCGAGGAGAUGAACUACCUCUUCACAAACGCACCUUUGUUUGUACCAGGAAUGAACAAGCGCGAUUGGAUUCCCGAUAUCGAGCGCCGCGUCGAGGAAGUCGCUGCAAAGCAAGGCUCCAUUUCUCAUGUCGAAGAGACCAAAGAGUACUAG